GGCCGCGGGGCCAGAGGCGGAGCUGCCGCCCGGCCGCGACUUUCAGACUUGAACCAUGGCCACGCGCUGGUGGCGGUGGCUGCGCUGCUACUUCUCGGGGCCGGCGGCGCGGAGCUCCGGACCUGGCUGUGGCGACCGUGCAGGGCCGCCCGGGCCGCGCGCUACUUCAGACGGCCGCACCACGCAGAUGCCCUAUUUUAAUCUUGUGAAGAAUUUAACAUCUGCUUUUCCAAAUGUGCAUAGUAUAUCAUGGUUUCAUCAUAAGACACCAUCAGUGUGCUGUUGUAGUAAAACACAGAGUGGUGAAAAAUACACUGAUCCUUUUAAACUUGGUUGGAGAGACUUAAAAGGUCUGUAUGAGGACAUUAGAAAGGAACUGCUCAUAUCUACCACAGAACUUAAAGAAAUGUCUGAGUACUACUUUGAUGGAAAAGGAAAAGCCUUUCGACCAAUUAUUGUGGUGCUAAUGGCCCGAGCAUGUAAUAUUCAUCAUAAUAACUCCCGAGAUAUGCAAGCCAGCCAGCGCUCCAUAGCCUUAAUUGCAGAAAUGAUCCACACUGCUAGUUUGGUUCAUGACGACGUUAUUGAUGAUGCAAGUUCUCGAAGAGGAAAACAUACAGUCAAUAAGAUCUGGGGUGAAAAGAAGGCUGUUCUUGCUGGAGAUUUGAUUCUUUCUGCAGCAUCUAUAGCUCUGGCACGGAUUGGAAACACAACUGUAAUAUCUAUUUUAACCCAAGUUAUUGAAGAUCUGGUGCGUGGUGAAUUUCUUCAGCUAGGGUCAAAAGAAAAUGAGAAUGAAAGAUUUGCCCACUACCUUGAAAAGACCUUCAAGAAGACUGCGAGUCUAAUAGCCAACAGUUGUAAAGCAGUAUGUACGUUCUGUCUUUUUUCAAGUUAA